GAAACGACGACAAGCGCUGUAUGAUCCAUGGUGGAUUCUAGAUGGCGAAAAAUUUUCCUGUGGUGGCGACGUUACACAAGCGUGCCGCAGUAAUACACAGAGGAUCGUGGAAUUGAAACUGGGAGUCGUGGCAAAGUAUGAUGGCAGAGAUGUGUACGCUUUGAACAUCUCCAGCAAUCUGACGACCGAUUUGAUCAAAUGCGUGGCGAAACGAAUGGAUCUCCUUACGUCUUUGCACUAGCUGCGAAGCCUUCACCGGAGCAACAUCGCCCGUUUCGAAGGAAUUGUUCGUCAUGAUGGACAGUGUUUCCUUAUUUCGGAACACGGGCUUGCAGUAUCUCCAUCGAAGUCCUGUCGGUUUACACGGGAAUCUCAGCAGCUUGUGCUGUAUUCUGGAUUCCAGAUACGCUUUAAAAAUAGCGCAGGCAAAAUAUUACAAGAUCCUGCAUUUGUUGCAAGUCGCGGAGAUUGCGGAUGUGGAGGCUCUGAAAAGCCUGUGGAAAUCUCCGGAAAUCUUGCGGAAGGACACAAACGGCAAACUGCAUGCUGUAACCAGAGCCAGCGAUAUGUACUCUUUGGGAAUUAUUUUCCACGAAGUGCAUACAAGGUCGCUGCCAUACGGCGCCACAUUGAAUUCAAUCGAGUCGAUCCAAAGCAGAAGCGGUAGAAAAAAUGCGAAGCACCGGCGGUCCUUCGAUAUUCACGCUUCCGGAAAAGGUCAUCCCGGAACGACUGCAAAUCUUGCUGCGAUUGUGCCUGGAUGUCCCCGUGAAACGGCCAAUGAUUCAGACUUUUAGUAAACACUUUCGCGCUAUCCAGCGCAAGCCAUCGGCUUAUUUGAUGCAAGUGGUGAAAAAACUGCAGAAACACGCCGAGGCACUGGAGCAAGUAGUGGCAGAACGAAGCCGGGAGCUACAAACGGAAAUGCUCAAAGCUGACGCACUGCUGCGGGAGAUGCUUCCUGCCUCCAUUGUAAGGCGUCUGCGGAACAAGCAAGUAAUCGCUCCGGAAAUGUUUAACAGCGCAACCAUCACGUUCAGCGAUAUACCCGUCUUCCAGAAGAGCGUUUCCGCGAAAUCUCCGCUGGCAAUAAUCGCCUUCCUGAAUAUGGUCUACUCACAUUUGGACCGUCUUAUAGAAGCCUUCGAUGUGUAUAAAGUGGAAACCAUCAGCGAUUCCUAUCUGAUUGCUAGUGGUCUACCCGUACAAAACGGACAAGAACAUGCUCGGGAGACCUGCCGACUUGCCGCAGCUCUUGUCAAGGCCACCAACCGCUUACCAGACAUCAGUUUUACCGGGAAACCGGUACAGCUGCGAAUCGGUAUUAAUACAGGGCCGGUGGUUGCCGCUGUGAUUGGGACACGAAUGCCGCGCUACUGUUUGUUUGGCGAUACGAUGAACACCGCUAGUCGAAUGGAAAGUACCGGAGAAGAAGGAAAAAUUAAUAUUAGCAUGGAAACGAAAGUGCUGCUUGAUAAUAGUCCGGAUGCUUUUCGCAUUGAAGCUCGGGAACCAAUCAGCAUUAAAGGAAAAGGAAUAAUGCGCACCUUCUGGGUGGCAGAAAGAGCUUAAUACGGCCUUUAAAUUCUCUCAAAAGAUGAUCGAAAGAUCUGUUGUGUUCGGGUUACUGAAGUGAGAGAUAUAUGUAUCCAACUAAUUACUGCUCUUUUCUAACGACUGUUUUUCUAAUGACUACAGACGACAGUACACUGUAUGACUGUGUCUGCGGUAGAUCGGUAUGAGU